CACCGCUCGCUCUCGCCGCAGAGCCCCCGGAGGCUCCCGAAGCGCAAGAGCCGCUUCAAGCGCUCGGACGGCAGCACCUCCUCCGACACCACCUCCAACAGCUUCGUCCGGCAGGUGAGGGGGCCCCCGGCACUUUUGGGGGGUCCCAGCGCUCCUUUGUCCCCCGGGGAUUGCCCGCUGGGUUUUGGGGGCGUUUUAAAGUGUUUUUCCCCUGCCUGCUCGGAGCAGAAGUACAACAACGACUGGUGGAUCGGGCGGCUGGUGAAGGAGGGCUGCGAGGUGGGAUUCAUCCCCAGCCCCGUCAAGCUGGAGAACAUGCGGCUGCUGCAGGAGCAGAAGAUGAGGCAGAACCGCUUGAGCUCGAGCAAAUCGGGUGACAACUCCAGCUCCAGCCUGGGCGAUGUGGUGACAGGGACGCGCCGGCCCACGCCCCCGGCCAGCGGUGGCCUGGAGGUGCCUAGCUUUGCCUUUGACCCCGAUGAGUUAGAGGAGGAGGAGGAGGCCGUGGAGACCCAGCGCUCCCCUAAGAGUAGCGUGAGCAGUGUCACCACCCCCCCCGCCCACAGCAAGCGCAUCCCCUUCUUUAGGAAGGUAACCCCAUGUCUUGGGUACGUAACCGGGGUUAGAGCCGUGUCCCCCGCCCAAAGCUGGCCCUGCCCUGGUGUUGUGACACCAUCUGAGGGUUGGGGACACCGCGGUGGCACCGCCACCCUCGGUGUGUGCGUGCUUGGGGGUGGGGUGACACCGAGGUGGCCAAGCCCCAGGACAAGCUGCUGCUGUUCCCAGCCCCUCCUCACAUCCGUGUCCCCAGGGGCUGUCCCCUCACCCUGUCCCCGUGUCCCUUCCCUCCCAGCCGAGGUGCAGAGCGAGACCGAGCGCAUUUUCGAGCUGGCCCGGACGCUGCAGUUGGUGGCCCUGGACGCCGACACCAUCAACCACCCGGCGCAGCUGGCCAAGACCUCGCUGGCGCCCAUCAUCGUCUACAUCAAAAUCACCUCCCCCAAGGUGCUGCAGCGGCUGGUGAAGUCCCGGGGGAAAUCCCAGGCCAAGCACCUCAACGUGCAGAUGGUGGCCUCGGACAAGCUGGCACAGUGCCCGCCUGUGAGUGUGCCCCGGCCACCGUGGUGCCACCCACCCUGUCCCGCUGUCCCUGCCCCGUCCCACGGUCCCUGUCCCACUGUCCCUGCCCCGUCCCACGGUCCCUGA